AGAAGUAGAAGUAAAAUUGUCAAACUCAAAAACUGCUAGAUCCCAAAGUCCUUGGUCGGAUGCGAUUACGGGCGAGUCCACAGAGUUUUUGGGCACUCGGGUCGUAGGAAUGGCCAUGGCUAGUUCCUGAACUAUGGUUUUUAGUGGUCCAGCGAGCCUCCUUUGGAGGAACUGUAGAAGAUCCCCGAUUGCCGUGCACAAGGAUUUCGAUUGCUGAACGAGUUUACCGAAUCCAAAUGCGGCAGCUGCGACUCAUGUUUCGGAAAGUCCGGCCACAAAGCCCAUGCCCAUCAUGAAUAAGGAGAUGGCCGAGGACUCGCCAGUCGAAGAAAAUCAGACCACGGAACCUGACACUUCUGAAGAAAGCCCGAUCCCGGAAUCAGCUGAAUCUAUGGAGGGUGCAAUGGGCGAGAAUGUCAAUGGAGACAUCGGGUCGGGAAAAGGUGGCCAUGGCAAGAUACCCUUCAAGGAGAUCUUCCUGAAGCACAAGAAGUCUUCUGAACGCAUCCGGGAGAAGAAGCUGCGUCAGAACCGCCAGCUGCGCAAGGCCAUGCUGCCGAAGAACGCCCUGAUGGCCCUCAACGAGCUGAAGGGCGUGGCCAUCAGCGAUUUUGCCAUCGAGAGCAAUGCGCACGGAGGAUACACGGCCCUGGUCACGGUCAACUCCAAGCAAUACGAGGGCAAGGGUCUCUCCAAGAUGUCCGCCAAGAAUGCGGCCUGCGAGAAGGCCUGGCGCGACUACAUUAUUGCCAAGAUGAAGGCCGCCAAUAGUGUCAGGCAGAAGUCCGGAGGUGGCGGUGGCGGUGAAGUGACUGCCGACGGCGCUUCCGGAAACGAUGCAAUGGACACCAACGAGAGCGAUGCCGAGUCCCAGGACGAAGAGCUGCCCAUGCUGAACCUGGCCUCGUUUGCCAUCUACAAACUGUUUGCGGAGUGGGAGCGUGAGGGAUACCCGGUGCCGGGGAUGCAUCCGUCUGCCGUUCCGUCUGCCGGAAGGGAAACCGCAUCGCUGGCGCCUGCGGUGCCCAAGGAGCCCAAGAAGCCACCCAUCCGCACGGAUCUGCCCACUGGCUGGGAAUCCAUGCACCCAUCCACUCUUCUAUGCAUUAUGCGACCCGGAAUCUCCUACGAGGACAUGGGAAGCUCUGGGGACAAGCCAAAUGUGCCCCAGUGCCUGGGCGUAGUAGUCGACAAUCAGAAGUUCACCGGCAACGGAAGAUCGAAGAAGAUAGCUCGUCGCAAUGUGGCCGUUAGUGUGUGCAACACCUUGUUCGAAACUAACUUCACAUACGAGGAUCAAUAAAUGGCUUCCUGCUUUCAAUAAGCGCACCUAGGAAAAUUGGAUCUGAAGGAAUGAUUGAAAGUAACACGGAAUACAAGGAAAUAAAAACGUAUCAAUAUUUGACAAUUGUUAUAAAAAAAUGUAUAUUACUUGCAUUUUCAUAGUGCAUAGUGCAAACAAAAGAUUCGACUAUUGCCUAUCAAAAUAUGUAGUCUACAAUUCAUAAUAGUAAAUAAUAAGUAAAACAAUAAUAAAAUAACAAAAAA